UUUCAAAAGAUGGAAGCAAAUAAAAAGCUUGAGAUAUCUUCAUCCCUCAGCUCAAUUCUGAACGAUUCAAGUAAAACUUCCCAAACCAAGCAUCAUGGAAAGACAAGAAUUCAGACGAAAAUAAAGCUGCCGACGAGGAAAUUCGAUAAUUCUUCAGACACCGAUUUAAUUAAAAGAGAUGACGAAGGAACAUUCCUUACUUCUGUAAAGGCAUCUAAAGAACCAACUGAUGAACAAAAAGCUAUUGUCCUGUUCGGAAAGAACAGGAAGAGCAAACCGUCAUAUAAAGGACUGACUUCUUCGAAUUCUUCAAUUGAAAAUAUACAACUACGAAACUUAAAGAAGCCUCCAAUUUACCUUCCUGAACUUAGGAAUAGGAAGGAUAUCUGGAAGGGCAAAUCAUCAUCUGACCUGCUUGCCCAAAACACCUCUCGGAAGGGGAAGAAGAAGUUUGACCCAACUGCUCACCUUAGAGGGAACAAAAAUUGGUUCCUUGUUCCAAACAAGAAUGUAUUGUUAUGUCUUAGUGACAAGGAUCUCAACGAAGAGAUCAAGAGCAUGUCUAAAAGACACAAAAGUCAAGCUAACAUAAAGUCAAAAGAACCCUUGCCAAAAUAAAAAGUCUAAAUAUAAACUAAGCAAUGCAGUGACUCAUCUUAAAGACUUGAAAAAGAACUGAUAUUCACAAAAAGAGCAUACCUUUAGAGUAAUGAACAGGGAGAACACUCCUUGGAUAGACACAGCAUCUUUCUACCCCACAUUUGAAAAUAAAAAGGAUGCCUUUAUAGAGAAGUAUCAAGUGCUCCUGGAUUACCAAGAAAUGCUUGAGAAGCGUAUAUCUGGAAAAGUUUAUAAGAAUCAAGAUAAAUCACAACCGGAAUCACAAACUCUGUCGCUCAUUGAUCAGAAGCCUGUGAAUAGUAUCAUGCCUGAUGCUGCAAAGCUUGAAAAUUUAGGUAGUGAUAUCAACUCGAAAAGUAUUGAUGAGACUGCAUUAUAAAAACAAACACAAUAACAUCAUUCCCUACAUCAAAGCCAGAAAACUAUUUCCAAAGGAUAAACCGUGAGAACAAGGAGUACCAAGAGACUCUCAAGCAUUAUUUUGACAGCUAUUUCAAAAACAUGAAGGAAGAGGAAGUCCAGCAGUACGGUCUUUUCAAAACCUCAAAGUUGUCCCAGAAUUAAAAUCCCCUGCCAGACAUGCUGAAACUUGAAUUAAGAAAUUGGGGGAGACCCAUGAUCAGGAUUUGU